CUCGUUCGUCAUGCGUCUCUUAGACAAUCAAACGUGCGUGACUCCAUUGAAAUCCAUCGUGGCAUUGAUUGUUCUUGCGUUCAUUCAUCCGAUAUGUGCCGCUGCUCUCAACAGGGACAGUGAAGACCAAUCCACUUACGAGCCGUCCAUGUAUUACAAAAUGUACGCCAGUCAUUACGAAGUUACCACCUACGAAUACACGUAUCCACGCAUUCGCGCUGACGUCAUUUCGUACUCGUCCUACGAGGCUGAUUCACCUGUGUACAUCGCCACUCCACGACGUCUACACACGAAGAAGGACAUUGGUAAAGCUCACGCCAACAACCACGGAAGUGUUCCAACACAUUAUCAGGGCGCUCGUGAAUUACUGUAG